UUAAUCACUCGAUUAGUAUUGUUUGUGACCGUAUUGUGCGGCCUAUGUCUGUGCACGUACUCGCACGGGGGUGGGGGCGGAUACUCGACGUCGAAGCGGCAACAGGACGACCAUGGUAACUAUAUGUUCACCUACGAGAUUAAGGACCCGAAGGGCGGCCAAAACUACCGCAGCGAAAAGGGCGGUCCGCACAGUGUUCAGGGCUCGUACGGACUCCAGGAUAUUGACGGCCGUAUGCGAGUCGUCGACUACUGGGCCGACGGCAAGAAUGGAUUCAGCGCUAAGAUCAGGUCCAAUGAGCCGGGAGUUGGCAAUCAGGACUCAGCCUAUGCCGUAUACAAUGGCCAAGACUCUCACGGCGGCGAGAAGACCAGUAUGGAUAUUAACCAUGCUGAUUAUGGUGGCAAACAGGGAUAUGGUGGUGGCGGUGGAAAGUGG